AUGAUGCCAUCCGCGCACGUCUACGGCCACCACCAGUUCAAUCCCCAGGCGGAUUCGGCCUGGAUGCACCAGCAGGCGGGCCAUCACCAGCAACACGCACACCAGGCCGCCGCAGCCGCCGCCGCGGCUCAGCAGCAGCAGCAGGCUCAACAGGCCCAGCAGCAGGCUCAGCAGCAGCAACAGCAUCAGCAACAGCAGGCGGCCCAGCAGCAACAGGCCCAGCAGCAGCAGCCACCGCCUCACUAUGGACGCAUGCCCGGCGGCCACGCAAACGCCAACAACAGCAUCGCGGCCACCCACGGGCAGGAUGGUGGACACGACAACAUUUCGGAGGACAACCGGCGGACGAUGGCGUACAUUGCGGACCUUUUGAGCGAGAACACCAGGGAGGCGGCUCUUCUAGAGCUUAGUAAGAAGAGAGAGCAGGUGCCUGAGUUGGCUCUGAUAUUGUGGCACUCGUUUGGUGUAAUGACAUCGCUCCUGCAAGAAAUCAUCUCUGUAUACACGCUCCUCAAUCCCUCGCAACUCACAGCGGCCGCCUCGAACAGAGUGUGCAAUGCACUGGCUCUCCUCCAGUGCGUGGCAUCGCACAACGAUACGCGGACCCUGUUUCUGAACGCACACAUUCCUCUCUUCCUCUAUCCUUUCCUGAACACGACAUCCAAGUCCCGUCCGUUUGAGUAUCUCCGCCUGACAAGCCUAGGCGUCAUCGGGGCCCUAGUUAAGAACGACUCAUCCGAGGUGAUCAAUUUUCUUCUCACAACCGAGAUUAUCCCGCUGUGCCUUCGCAUUAUGGAGACUGGAUCGGAGCUCAGCAAGACCGUUGCCAUCUUCAUUGUUCAGAAGAUACUGUUGGAUGACAAUGGCCUCAACUACAUUUGCGCCACAUACGAGCGAUUCUAUGCUGUCGGCACUGUCUUGAGCAAUAUGGUUGCUCAGCUUGUCGAAUCUCAGACUGCUCGCCUGCUGAAGCAUGUAGUGCGAUGCUUCCUUCGAUUGAGCGACAACGCCAGAGCGCGAGAAGCUCUCCGUCAAUGCCUUCCCGAACCCUUGAGAGACGCCACGUUCUCGUCUGUUCUCCGUGACGAUGCGGCCACUAAGAGAUGCCUCGCUCAGCUUCUGAUCAACCUCUCCGACAAUGUUGUUGACCCUAACUCUGCUGGUGUCUCUGCUCUAUAA